AAUUAUAUACAUACGUCAGUGAAACAGCAUGGCGUUUUUAGUGAGCAAGCGCGGAUUAUUGCGAAUAAUUCCAAGAAAAUUUCGUCCAAAGUUAAAAAAUAAAAUGUAAUUCCACGUUGUGUGAUAAAUUAAAAUUGAAUAGUGAAAAUACGUAAUCUUGAAAAAGCUACAAGAAAAUGAAAAUAAAUGCCCAAGAUGCACAGAAAUAAUCGAAAGGAUAAACAUAACCUUACUUUUUCCUAUUGACUUUUUAAAUGAAGUAUUUUUUUUCAACGCUCUGGUACUAAUUGUGAACCGAACACAAGAGAACACACGUAACAGUAUUAGUAGUAAUAAUGAGAAUGAUUACUAUUAAAAUAAAUCGUUAAGAUUGUGAUUUUUUUCAAUUUGUCUCCUACACAACAAGUAAUAAACCAUGGCUACAUUCAGUGUUUCUCAAGAAGGCCCUGUUAAUGCUUUAGCAUUAAAUCGAGACAAUAAUCAAGUAGCUAUUGGAGGAAGAAACGUUUUUAAGGUUUAUUCAAUUGAGGAUGACUGCUUUAAGGAAAUUUGUAAUUUACGUGCUUCUAAACAUUUAAAUCUUAGUUUUUCAUGUAAUGAUGUUGCCUGGAGUUUAAUAGAUGAUCAUUAUUUGGCAACUGCAGCAACAAAUGGUCAUGUUUGUGUGUGGAAUUUAACAAAAUCUGGUAAAGCAAUGCAAGAACAAGAUUACCAGGAACACAAAAGAACUGUAAAUAAAGUUAAUUUUCAUGCCUCUGAACCAAAUAGAUUGAUAUCAGGUUCACAAGAUGGUACAAUGCGGUAUUUUGAUAUACGAACUAAAAGUGCAGUAGCUAUUUUUUACAGUAAUACUGAAAGUGUUAGAGAUGUACAAUUUAGUCCUCACGCACCAGCAACUUUUGCUGCAGUUUCCGAAAACGGAAACGUUCAAAUUUGGGAUGUUCGCCGUCACGAUAAAUAUCAACAACAAUUUACAGCACACAGCGGUCCAGUUUUCGCUUGUGAUUGGCAUCCGGAUACGUCUUGGUUGGCCACAGCAAGCCGAGAUAAAACAAUUAAGGUUUGGGACUUGGGUAGCUCAAAAACCACGUUGGAAUACACAAUACAUACAAUAGCUUCAAUUGGACAUAUAAAAUGGAGGCCACAACGGAAAUAUCACAUUGCUAGUUGUGCGUUGGUCAUUGAUUGUAGCGUAAAUAUUUGGGAUGUAAGGCGGCCUUAUAUACCAUUUGCUGCGUUUAAUGAACAUAAAGAUAUUCCUAGUGGAGUUGUGUGGAGAGGUGAUCCACAAAUAUUUUUAAGCACAGGAAGGGACUGUACACUAUAUCAACAUGCAUUUAGAGACGCUACUCGACCAGCAAAUAAGGCUAAUCCACAAGGAAUUUCACUCAAUAACCACGGAGAAAUUAUUUUCGCCUAUAGAAUACCAAUAAAUAAUACGUUUUCUAAACAACCUGGUUUGAUUAGACUAAAAUCACUAUCGUCAAUAGGAGAUCCGUUGAUAGCGAAUGUGAAGAGUUCCAAUACUAUUAGUAACGAUCAAUUUCAUCAAGCCAGCAGCGCUAUUCACCAAUUCAACAUAGUUACAUGUCAAGAUCAACAUUCAUUUUAUGAUUUGGCUAAGAAUUACAUUUUAACUGGACGAUCAUUCUCAGAAAUUUGUGAACAUAACUCUUCAAUAGCAAAAGAAUAUGGAAAAAAUAAUGUGUCAAUUGUAUGGAGAAUAAUUAAAAUAAUGUAUGGAGAUGAAUUUUAUCCAUCGCCAGCUAAUACUCCAUUAACAAAUAAUAAUGAUAAAUGUUUUUUGAAAAUUGUUGGGUAUCCUAAUGAUUAUGUAUCUGAAGAUCAGAGAUCAAAAGGUGGUGAUGUCUCUGGAUCGAAAUAUAUUGGCGACGAAACAGAGGUAGAUAGAGAUCUCGUAGAUUAUGUUGGAGGAUUUAAUGGCUUUUCCGUUUACAACAAUUUUCGUUUUGGUUUGCCAAAAGGCGACUUUUCGUUUGGAGAAAACGAACUUGAUAAUGAAUUAGAUGCUCUUAGUUUAGAUUACCGAAAUAGUCUGCAAAAUUCUCAACAAUUGGGUCAACAGCAACAAGAUUGGACGUUACCAAACGAAGCUUUUAAUCUCCGGCAUGAAAUAUCAGAUCGUUCGCCUCCACCUGAAAAUUUACAAAAUCAUUAUUCGCCGGAUAUUAACGAUGAGUGUUUACAACCGGUUCAAUACGACGACCAAGUACCCGGGUUAUUAACCGUAUCAAAAACGGUUGAAAAGUGUUUAUGGGAUCCAAGCAAUACUGUUGUAGACGCUUUGAAAUAUCAUGCUACAAUGGGCGAUAUUCAAACAGCAGCUUGUGUUCUUAUCGUUUUAGGGGAUAGAAGAAAACAUUUAAAGACACUUGAUGAUGUUACGCAAGAACAAUGGCUAUUAGGUUAUUUGGAUAUGUUGCAUAGGUAUCAAUUAUGGAAUGUAGCUACACAAGUAAUUAAAAUUUCUUGGCUACCUUCGGUUAACUGUUUAAAUCAACAAUCAACUAGGAUAAACACAAAUUGUAGUCAAUGUGCGAAACCAUUACAAAGAACAGGGUGGUUGUGCGAUCGUUGUCAUACAUCUGAACAUAGUUUGUGUAGUGUAUGUCACCAGGUGGUAAAAGGACUUUACGCUUGGUGUCAAGGAUGUUCGCAUGGUGGGCAUUUAAAGCAUAUGCAAGAAUGGAUAGCAGCGAAAAAAGUGUGUCCAACAGGAUGUGGUCAUCAAUGUGAAUAUAGAUAAACACAAUUUUUUUUUUGUAAUUUAGGUAAAUAUAUUUAUUUACGAAUUUUGUUAA